CUCCGUCAGUCUCCUUCAAACAAGGGUUUGUUCCGGCGGAAGCAAAGCGAAGAAGAGAACCAGAGAGAAACCUAGCGUGCUUCAUCACCAUGAGAGCCAAGUGGAAGAAGAAGCGUAUGAGGAGGUUGAAGAGGAAGCGCCGAAAGAUGAGACAGAGAUCCAAGUAGUCUGCUUCCUUUCAAUAAACGAAGUGGGGCGUAGCGUAUCGAUCUAGGUGGAUUUCUGCAUUUCGUUUUUUUUCCCCUUUCCCUGUUUUGCGAGACUUGAAAAAACUCUGUUGCCAGUACCGAGUUUGAUGUAUGGAUUUGAAAUUUCAGUUGGAUACAAUUUUUGUUUCUCGUUCGAAAUUAGUAUGGGAUUCUGCCGCUUGUUCUGCUUAUCCAGUUGUAUGAUUUAUUGCGUUGUCUGUUUGGAAUUUGUUUUGGUAUACCGAUGUUCCAUAUGUUUGUCCUCUAUCUGGAUUCGUGGUAGAUUACUCUGGGAUUCGAUUCCAUUAAUGGUUAAGUUGAGUUGUAUUCUACGGCUGUUGAAAUGUGAGCUUUUUUAAGGUAAUU